GAAAUGAAGAAUAAACAUAGAAUUUAUUUUAGCAGACCAAUAUUAAAAACGAAAAUUUCGAAUGAGCUAAAUUUUGUUGUUAUUUUCUGUUAAUACAUAUUUCAAAUAUGCCUUUCUCUUUAAAAUCAAAUUUAUCUCUCAUUUCCAAACUGCUGAAAAUUCAAAAGCAAAUUACUGGUGCUGGAAGUCGACUUUAUUCAGCUGAAGCUACAUUCCAAACAAAGCCUUAUAAAUUACAUCUGUUAGAUAAUGGCCCCUCAUCAGAUGUGAGUGUCAACAAAGAAGAUGCUCUUAAAUAUUACAGAGAUAUGAUGGUAAUUAGAAGAAUGGAAACUGCAGCUAAUAGCUUAUACAAAGAAAAAAUAAUUAGAGGAUUUUGUCAUUUAUAUUCUGGUCAAGAAGCUUGUGCUGUAGGAAUGGAAGCAGCUAUCCGUAAAAGUGAUGCUGUGAUAACAUCAUACAGAGCUCAUGGAUGGACAUACCUGAGAGGUGUGAGUGUCAAAGGUGUCCUUGCUGAAUUGACAGGUAGAGAACCAGGUUGUGCUAGAGGAAAAGGAGGUUCUAUGCAUAUGUAUCAUGAUAAUUUUUAUGGCGGAAAUGGUAUUGUUGGUGCACAAGUUCCUUUAGGUGCUGGUAUAGCUUUUGCAUUACAUUAUCAAGGACGUGAUGAUAUAUGUCUUGCUCUUUAUGGUGAUGGAGCUGCCAAUCAAGGUCAAGUGUUUGAAGCUUUCAAUAUUGCUAAACUAUGGAGUAUACCAGUAAUAUUCAUCUGCGAAAAUAAUGGCUUUGGUAUGGGUACAAGUGUUGACAGAUCUUCAGCUUCAACAGAUUAUUACACAAGGGGUGAUUAUAUUCCUGGCCUUUGGGUUGAUGGAAUGGAUGUGUUAGCUGUCAGAGAAGCAACAAGAUUCGCUUCUGAACUGUGUCGUGCUGGAAAAGGUCCUUUAAUUAUGGAAGUUGCUACAUAUCGUUAUCAUGGUCACAGUAUGAGUGAUCCUGGAACAAGUUAUCGAACCCGUGAAGAAGUACAAGAAGUCAGACAAACUCGAGAUCCAAUCACUUCUUUCAGAGAAAAAAUCAUUAAUGCCAAUUUAGUCACAGCUGAUGAAUUGAAGAAAAUCGACCAAGAAGUUCGAAAAGAAGUGGAAGAGGCUGUAACUGUUGCCAAAACAGCCAGUGAAAUUCCUGUUGAUGAAUUGUAUACUGAUAUUUAUGUUGAGCCAAUUUAUACAAAAAUUCGAGGUGUUACUCCAUUUACUGAACAUACACAUAAGAGAUUAGCUUCUCCUCAAAACUUAUAAUAAUUUAAUUUUAUAACUUUUUUGCAAUAAAUAGCCAAAGCGAACUGUUUAGGACACUUGUACAUACCUACAUUAUAUUUUAAAUUAUUGUUAAUGUAUAAUGCAUCUGUUUUUGGUAUUUAUAAAUUAUGUAAAGUAGCUUAACUGUGCUUUUUUAAUAUGUCUCUGAGUUAACAAGAAAUUGGUUUAUCUUUAAAUAUACUUAGUUACCUAAACUUCCUACUGUCUCAAUAACUAUUCAAGGAAUAAACUUCUGAGAAUGAUUUUUAAGUGUGUUCUGUACAUUAUUAGCAAUAUAAAUGGUAUGAAUCCUUUUGAUAGAGAUUUUAAAAUAUUUUUAUGCAUGCAAUUUAUAUUUAAGAUAUUUUUAGGCUAUCCUUAGUCAUGCAUUUUGCAAGUUUUAUAAACAAACUCUUAAAGCACAACUAUUUCCUAUGUGACGGUGUUCAUAUUACAUUUAUUUUAACUUACUAGGAAAAAUGUUGCAUAUUAAGAAAAGUAUAAUUUUAUAGAAUAAUGUUUAUGCCUUUACAUCCUUUUGAAAAUAAAUUGAGUUCUUCCAAUGUGAAAAAUGUAUUUGUUGUAAUUUUUGAAUAUAUCUUAGUUGAAUGGCAAUAUGUGUUAACUAAAGGGAAAUGUAAAAGAUAUUUGUUUUAUUUGAAUCUUUAGUAACCUGUGGUAUUAUUAAUUAUAUUUGCUUUCAUCAAUACUUAUGUGACUAGAGGGCUGAAACCUCUUGCUUCCUGUAGAUCAAAAUCAUUAGGAUUUAAAUUUGUAAUACCUUAUUUGAUUACUAUGCUAUUUUGGUUUAUAAACGUUUGUUGCAACA